AUGGAUUCGGAAAAAAGAGAUUGCCUGAUGUGCAAUGUUCCCAACGAAGUCUGCGAUAUGGUGCAGUGCGAUACGUGCGAGCUGUGGGCUCAUUACUCGUGUGCUGGCGUUACGGAAGCAGUGAAGGAGAAGGAGUGCAACUGCAGCAAAUGCGUUAAUACGCUGCAGGCUCCGAAAAUUCGGAAAACCACAAGGAGCGAUGCCAAAAAGACGACAGGACUGAAAACGAAGAGCGAUUGUGGAUCGUCCGUUGGGUCUGUUUCGGAGAGCGUCGGAACGCUUGAAGAUUCGUUGAGAAAAUUCGAGAAGGAGCAGCGUGCGAAAGAAAAAGCCUUAGAAGAGGAAAUGAUCCUGCGUGAAAAGCAACUCGAAAUGGAAAGAGCUCUGCAGGAAAAACGUCGACAAAGAGAGAAAGAGUUUAUGAAGAAGCAACUGCAGCAGGACAGGGAAUUAAAAGAACGUCAGCUGCAAGAGGAGCGCGAGAUGUUGGAAAAUGAAUUGGCUGAGGAAAAAUCCUUUCAAGAUCGACGCAAAAAGAUGUUCGACGACUUCUUGACGGCGAAAAAGGCCGUCUCAGAACCGGCUCUUGACGAGGAAAGCGCUGUCGGUGAUACAAAGGAGGAAAAUGAAACGUUCACCGAGAAAAAGGUGAAAUUCUGGUUGAAAAAACAGUAUGUCACGAAAAACUAUCCACCGAUUGCACCGAAGCAGGAGGAUCAGAUAGCUGGCCCGUCCAAACAACAGGAUCAGAUAGCUGGUCCGUCCAAGCAACAGGAUCAGAUAGCAGGUCCGUCCAAGAAUGUUCCAGUUACACGUGAAGAGAAUAAAGAAGAUGUAGCCAAAAGUGAGGAAGACGAAGAAGACGAUGAUGACACCGAAGAUGAUAGCGAGGAAGAGGUGGGUGAAGCAGAGUCUCGAGAGGAAAGCAACAGGAUCAGAUAG